AUGUCGUCUGAAGAUAAAUACGAGACUCUUGAGAAGAUUGGCCAUGGCUCCUUUGGCAUCAUCCGCAAGGUGCGCCGCAAGACGGACGGCUUCAUCAUGUGCCGCAAGGAGAUUUCAUACCUGCGAAUGUCCCAAAAAGAACGAGAACAACUGCAUGCCGAGUUCCAGAUCCUCUCGCACCUCCGACACGCCAACAUCGUUGCCUACUACCACCGAGAGCACCUCAAGGCCAGCCAGGACUUGCACCUGUACAUGGAAUACUGCGGCAAUGGCGAUCUUGGGCGAGUCAUCAAGGAUCUGCAGCUAAAAGGCCAGCGAGCCCAAGAGAGCUUCGUCUGGAGCAUCUUCAGCCAGCUGGUUCUUGCUCUGUACCGCUGUCACUAUGGCAUUGACCCCCCCGAGGUUGGCACCAAUAUUCUUGGUCUCACACAGGGCGUUGCGUCUACGCCAAAGACUCCAGCCGGAGCUAUGACGAUUCUCCACCGCGAUCUCAAGCCUGAGAAUGUUUUUCUUGGGGAAGAUAACUCGGUGAAGCUCGGUGACUUUGGCCUAUCAAAAAUGAUCAAGUCUCAGGACUUUGCAUCCACCUACGUCGGAACACCGUUUUACAUGUCUCCCGAAAUUUGCGCGGCUGAGAAAUAUACCCUCAAAUCGGACAUUUGGGCGCUGGGGUGCAUCAUCUAUGAGCUCUGCGCCAAGGAGCCUCCCUUUAACGCCAAGACACACUAUCAGUUGGUCCAGAAGAUCAAGGAAGGCAAGGUGGCACCACUGCCGGAGAUUUACUCCCCUGAGCUGAACCAGGUGAUUCGAGACUGUCUCAAGGUGAACCCCGACCGUCGACCAGACACGGUCCAGCUGAUGAACCUGCCCGUGGUGCGACUGAUGAGAAAAGAAAAAGAAGUGGUCGACUUCAACAAGUCGCUCCACUCUAGAGAAGAGAUGGUUCGGCAAAAAGAACGAGAGCUGAACGAUCGGCUGGUCGCAUUCGAAAGGGAGAAGCAGCAGAUCCGUGAUGACGUUGAUGCUUCGCUUCGCCUUGAGUGGGAGGUAAAAGCACGCUUAGAGAUUGACCGUCUGGUCAAUGCAGAGCUCGAGAACUUGCAAAAGAAGUUUGAGGAGGAGGUUCAAGCCCGAGUCGACACGGAACUGGCAAAGAAGGCCGUGACGUUCGCCGACAAGGAGGAAGAGAAGCAUAUUGACGACUAUGCUUCGUCUGUCAACAAAUCAGAUUACCCCCAGUCAUCAAUUGGCCCCAGCGGGGACGAGUAUCCCUCGACAACAGACAUAAGCGAGUACUCGAUGGAUAGCCCCGACAGCUCCAAGGAGAUCAAAAAGACGGCCCGAACACCAUUUGCCCGGGCUCAAACCAUGUUUGCUGGGCCGGCCGGUACGCCAAUGGACAUUGAGAUGGUAUCGCCAAGCCCGAUCGCCAUUGCCUCAUUAUCACUCUCGCCUCGCCGCAACGGCGCCACCAAGGCCCCUGUCGCCAAGCCAGGCAACAUCUUUGCCGCCGCCGCGGGCAAGACUCUAGACGUGGACGAACGAUGGGAACUCCACCGCGAACCCAUCCUGGUCGAUUCCGAUGACGAGGACAUUUGCCCCUCACCUACGAGGCACAUCAAGUCGUCAAAGAACCCGUUCAAGACGCGCCCGGUGCUUACCUCCCAAAAGUCGUGCCCCGUUAACCGCUUGAAACCGCCGCAGGGCUCUAAUAUCAAGGCCGCAGUCUCCCAGCCAGAUCUCGCCGGCCCCCCGCGUUCCCCUAGCCGCAGCCCGACCAAGAUUCCCGUCGUCACCAACACGGGAGACGCCGCUCCUGCUGGUGGGCCUGGAGGAGUCCGCGAGGGACUCGCGCGCGCCCGCUCGGUGAAGAGCAAGGAAACGACCACCAGCGGAGGAGGAGGAGGGGGAGGUGGUGGUGAUACGCUGGGCAAGGUGGCGGCCAAGAACAACCUCCGCGGCCGGAGCCUCGUCGAGCUGCAGCAGGCGAGGGCUGGCGGCCGGCCGCUGAGCGCGGCGGGCAACGCGCCUGGUUCGGAAAAUGUGAGCCCCAAGAGGGCUGCUGCUUUUCGCGAACGGAUGGCUGCGGAGCGACGCGAGUACGAGGAUGCCGUUGCGGUGUGGGAUCCCGAGAGGGACGACAUGCCCAGCCCGUUUCUGAACCGUCGGCGAAACAUUAAAGUCUAA